GUGCUGGGGGCGGUGCCCGCGCAGGCCAGUUCCUGGUUGAGCGGCGGGACAGGCGGGCAGCAUGCUGAAGCGACCGGGGGUCGGACUGGGCUCAGCGCGGCUCCCGCUGCUCCUGUGCUGGCUGCGACUCUGCCUGGCCGGCAGCGCGGCGGCCCCACACCUGGUGGUGGUGCUGGCCGAUGACCUGGGCUGGCACGACGUGGGCUGGCACGACUCCCUCAUCCGCACCCCGCAGCUGGAUGCGCUGGGGGCGGGCGGGGUGCGGCUGGAGCGCUACUACACGCAGCCCCUGUGCACCCCGUCCCGCAGCCAGUUGCUCACCGGCAGGUACCAGAUCCAUACAGGUUUACAACACCAAAUAAUUUGGCCUUGCCAGCCCAGCUGUGUCCCGUUGAAUGAGAAACUCCUGCCUGAACUGCUGAAGGAAGCAGGAUAUGUUACCCACAUGGUAGGGAAGUGGCAUCUAGGCAUGUACAAAAAAGAGUGCCUUCCAACCCGCAGAGGAUUUGAUACUUAUUUUGGUUAUCUUCUGGGAAGUGAAGAUUAUUAUUCCCAUGAACGUUGUGUGUUUAUCAGUGCAAAGAAUGCAACACGCUGUGCUCUUGAUUUUCGAGAUGGAGAAGAAGUUGCAGUUGGAUUUGGAAACAUGUAUUCCACUAAUGUAUUUACGAAAAGAGCUGUAGAUCUUAUAGCCAACCAUAAAACUGAGAAGCCUCUGUUUCUCUACCUUGCUCUCCAGUCUGUCCAUGAGCCCCUUCAGGUCCCUGGGGAAUACAUGAAACCGUACGCCUUCAUCAAAGAUGAGAAGAGACGUCAUUAUGCGGGAAUGGUGUCCAUUAUGGAUGAAGCUGUAGGAAAUGUCACUGCAGCCCUGAAGAGAUACGGGCUUUGGGACAACACAGUUCUCAUCUUCUCUACUGAUAAUGGAGGACAGACUUUGGGAGGUGGAAAUAACUGGCCUCUAAGAGGAAGAAAGUGGACGCUCUGGGAAGGAGGAGUGAGAGGAGUAGGAUUUGUUGCAAGUCCUUUACUGAAACAGAGGGGAGUAGAAAGUCAUGAACUGAUCCACAUCUCUGACUGGCUGCCGACUCUAGUAAAUCUUGCUGGGGGACAUAUAAACAGCACUAAGCCUCUGGAUGGCUUUGAUGUGUGGAAAACUAUCAGUGAAGGAAGCCCUUCUCCCAGAAAGGAGCUGCUUCAUAACAUAGACCCUAUGUUUGUGGACACUUCUCCAUGUCCUGGUAUUGACAACAGGACAUCUUCACCACUGGAUAAUUCUUUUCCAUGGGACGAUUCAAUCUUCAAUAUAUCCAUACAUGCUGCAAUUCGACAUGGAAAGUGGAAACUACUAACUGGGUAUCCAGGCUGCAGCCACUGGUUCCCACCACCACCUUUGUUCAGUGAGUCAAAGAUUCUAUCAUCUGACCCACCAACAAAGAAACUUUGGCUUUUUGAUGUUGUUAAAGAUGCUGAGGAGAGAAACGACUUGUCUGAAAAAUAUCCUGGCGUUGUGAAAAAACUGCUCUCCCGGCUGCAGUACUACUAUAAACACUCGGUGCCUGUGUUCUACCCUGACGAUGACCCCCGUUGUGACCCAGCAGCAACUGGAGCCUGGGGGCCUUGGAUGUAGAAUACUACAUUUGUAGCCUGAAAAAUACAACUGUGGUGGAAAUUGCGGACUGAGGGUCCUAGUCACAUAUUUUGACCUCAUUUCUUUUACCCUUUUAACUGUGAUUUCAUCCCUUGGGUUAUUCAAUUCUACUUCUUCUUAAGCAGUAUUGAGGAUCUAAUUUCACCCCCGAUUGUACUAGAAACACUGUUAAAAUAAUAAAUCUGUCAUUUUGA